GGAGGCGCGUGAAGAGCUAAGUAAACGCAUAGCCGCGGGCGAGGAGCCGGCGUCGGAGGUGUACUCGUACAAGGCGGAGCCGCGCCUCACGGUGCCGCUGCCCGAGGCCACGCCCGAGGCCUUCAGCAUGGUGCUCAACUACAUCUACACCGACCGGAUUGACCCCACCGAGAAGGACGAAGACCCUGCAUCGCCAGCCACCAUCUUACUAGUGAUGGAGGUGCUCCGCCUAGCCAUAAAGCUGAGCAUCCCGCGGUUACGAGGGCUGUGCGCGCGGUUCCUGCGAGCCAACCUGUGCUACAGCAACGUGCUGCCGGCGCUGCACGCGGCGCACCACGCUCAGCUGAGCUGCAUCAAGGAGUACUGCCUGAGGUUCGUGGUGAAAGACUACAACUUCACUCCGAUCGUGAUGUCUGCGGAGUUCGAGCAGAUGGACCAGAGCCUCAUGGUGGAGCUCAUCCGGCGCCGCCAGCAGCCCAGCAAGCAGCCGCCUGCGCCCUACAACGACUACGAAGAAGAGAUCAAUGGCACAACACUAGAACAGGACAUGAGUGUAUUCGCGAGCGGCGGCGCAGGCGGCUUAGAGCUGAGUGACGUGAAGCUACGAGUAGGGUCUGCGAGUAGACCGGCCCACCGCUCGGUCCUAGCCGCGAGAGCUGCGUACUUUGAAGCUAUGUUCAGAUCAUUUUCGCCGCAAGAUAACAUUGUCAAUAUUCAAAUCUGCGACACUGUCCCGUCAGAGGAGGCCUUUGAUUCUUUGCUCCGGUACAUCUACUAUGGCGACACCAACAUGCCUACAGAGGACUCCCUGUAUCUGUUCCAAGCGCCAAUAUAUUACG